AUGCCCCGUGGGCGGUCGGUCCUCAUCUCGAGCACUUCCUUCCGCCUCUCCACAGUAUCGGCCGAGACCUUAGAAGGAGCGAAAAAGUGGGCGUGUCCCCCGGCGACGCCGUACUGUAGCCUGCUCCGUUUUUGCAUCGAUCGAUCGACACGCCUACAGCCGUCCUCCGGCUCAGUUCUCCUCGAGAAAAGAGAGACUCCUAUUAUCAUCGUCUUCGGCCAGUGAAUCAGACGCCUUCUAAUUGCUUUAUCAUCGCCGUGCCGAGCAAGCUUCCGCGGUCGCCGUCGUCGACAAGUCACGACUGAUUCAGAAUCAGUUACUCAGACGACGUCGUCAUCGUUACUCAACACAUCGUGCAGCGAGAGAGAAAAUGUUCGCAAACAACGGCGCCAGUCUGCCAUACUUUGAGAGCCGCGACGACGCCGAGAAUCUUCCUGAAGGCCGGUCCGACGGCCCUACAGGCCCGCACACUUCGGUGAUCGUCCGACCGAAUGGACUCCUCGAAGAGAUGGGGCCUCAGGGUCCGCCGGCCUCCAUGGGCUGUUAUCCGACCACGCCGACGGCUUCCUACUAUUCUGGAACUCCUGGAUAUCCGAGCCCCUAUUCCAUGAACUUCCCUUUCCUUUUCACCCACGACUGGCCUUUUCAGGUAUCUACAUUCUUUGUUUGAUCUUAAUUCCUUGUGGACUUGUUUACGAUUAAAAAAAAAAGAAAGUUUAUUGAUUUUCUGAUAUUAAAACUAGUAUUCUGUUUCCAUUCUCACUUGAUUCAACAUCUAAACAUAGGACUGUAAGUUCACUGGUUUCAUCCAGAAUCAUGACCUUCAAUGUAGAUUUAAAUGAUCUUUGCGGAGUCCUUCUCGUGAUGAACAGCUCCUUCAGAAAUUUCCAUUUUUUCAUAAAUUAAGCUGAAGUCGAUCUGCUAAAAAAAUCGAUCACGUUUUUGUUUUUAGUCUUCAAAAUUGUUGCUUACCUUUUCAAUACAAAUUUUUUUUAAAAUAUAUAUUGUGAAUAUUCUUUCAAACUUCGCCUAGCGAACCUCGAUUUUUAUUUAAAGCCAUCAUUGAUUUUGUUUUCCUUUUUUUCCUGACUUCACUUUUCAUUCGCUCUGCACCUUUAGAGAAUUAGGCCUAGAAAUGUUCAUCAACUCUCCGAACCUUUACUCAAUUUAAAAACAAUUAACGGAAAAGAAACCGGUUUUUACACGCUUUUUAAUAUCUUUUAUUGUUUCUCUGACGAUUGUUGUUGAAACUAAACCACUUGGUCUUUGAAUCUGGAAUCUUUGUACUGCUGAUUUCAAUUAAUUAAAUAUUUUAAUAAUUGUCAAUUAAUCUGGGUUGGUUACCGAUAAUAAUGAGUAAUGGGAUGUUAACUAAUGAGCUUGCAAACAAUUUUUCUUCACAAUUUUUUCAAAAUCGAUCUUUUUUCCACUUUCAAUGAUGUUUUCGACAUGAAAAUAGGGUAACUUGAAGGGUUUUCAGAUUUUUUUGUUAGGGAAAAAAGAAGAUCGGAUCAUUAAAAGAGGUUUUUUUAAAAAAAAAAAUUACAGUUUGAAAGCUACAUGAAUAGGCAAACUAUAAAUGAGCUGAAUUCAGAAAAAGUUGCUAAAUCCAUGAUUCAUUUUUCUCAAAAGUUUUACGAGGCUUUCCAAUUUUUAUUAAUGAAAUGCAGAUUUUUUAAUAAUCAAUGUGAAAUAGAGGGAUCUGGGUAUCUGGAUGGUCACCGUGUUGUUUAUUUAAAACAAAUUAUCGAAAAAAACAAAAUUUUUCGAGCUUUUCUUAAUAUUAUUGGAUAGAUUUUUUUCACUUUUUUUGAACCUAUUUCCAAAUUUCUACGGAAGAGCAAUGAAUUUAGCCAAGCUUUUUAGCAAGAUUUGAAAAUAUUUGAAUCUCGACUCCGUCGGCAGCACCGCUACCGUACAAAGUAGCCGCUAAUGGGCUCCUUUGAGAGACAAACCCAUAAACUUUUUUUGCGCGCGGCUUCCUUUUUUUGAUCAUCCCAGCACGCGUCGAGACCUUUUCAAACGCCAUUUGAACUUUAGAAAAAAAAAAAAAAAUCGACAAAAAAGAUGAUUGACUUGAUAAAAAACUUAUCUAUUCUUUAUUUUGUCAAAAGAUUAGAGGCUUGUAUCGAAACGCGCGGAUUUCUCUUUCCGCUCUGGACUGUUUGCUAGCCUACCGUAAUCUUCAAAGGUUCUCCCUUGCCUGUUUUGGGACCAGAUGAUGCAUUGCGGAUUCCUGGGAGGAUACCUUGGAUUUAAGUCGGAAUAUAUUGAAUGUUGAGUCAGCAACUCAAAUAGUUCUUUUUUGGGUGAAUAAAUAUGGAGUGGACGAUUGAGAAAUUUCAGAUCUAGUACAUUUUUGGGGAAUAUAGACAAAAAUGCUUUAAAGUUUUCGGCUUUUCUGAUACUGAAAAGCUUCGGCAAAGUUCAAGAUAUCUCGAAAAAAACUUCAACUUCAUAAACAAACCAUUAUUAAAGGAGAAUAAACAACCAAGGCUUCUUGAAAAUUUCACUUUCAAAUCGAUCGAUAAUGAUGAAUUUUUCAGUUUCCGCACGGGGACGGCACGACUUCGCCUUCUCUGAGCCACCAUCUGCCUUCUCCUAUUCUUGGCAAUCCCGCCAUAGGUUUUUUUUUCGAAACUCUCAAUUUUAGAAAAUUAGAGGAAGGUCAUAAAAGUUCAUAUCAGUUGAGCAGAACACGAAUCUUUUUUAACAAAAUAUAUUCUUGCAAGUUUCGAAUGUUUCGGCUCUCGCAUGGGGAAUGGCUCGGAGCGGCUUCUUAGUUAUCUCAAAUAAUAUUGCUUGGUUAGAACCCCUUUUCAUGAAAGCGAAAUGCGCAAGUCGUUUUUCGGUCGGUCGCGCUGAAAAAACUUAAAAUUUAAAGAUUCGUAGUCGUCGAACGUUUAGCUAUUUCUCGUGGGGCUAUAACUUUUUAAAACGCAGAGAAUUUAGUUGAAUUACUUUUAAGGACAAUGAAACUCGGACUUUUAAUUUAAAUCUUCCAUUUGGUUAGCUGCUGUCAUCGCCAUGGAGCAUUCUGUGUCCGAAAUAGAGCACUGAGUUGAAUUGAACAGACUUGAAGCGAAAAAAGAAAAAUGUCCUGGAUGAACUAUGAUUAGAUUUUCGAAAAGAACCUCUUGCAGCAAAUCGGCUGAAUCCGCUCGGGAGUCAGCUGCACUCUUCGGCCGGUCGACACGGUCUCCACGACUUCAGCGUCUCCUCGUCGCCCAUGGGGCAGUACAACCCGAAGAAGUCGGGACGACGGCCGCGAGAACUUUCGGUUAGUUCCGACCCGAAAAGAGAAGCUCCAGAAUGGUAGUGGGUAGUUUACCUUCAUUGAAAAAGUCACAAAAUCAAUGUGUUUCCCAUCAAUUUCGAAAUAAUGAACGAUAUAACAAAAUCAACAAAAAACUGAUCGGUCGGAAGUUUGAAGAUUUAAAGACUGUAUAUAAUAACUUUGAUUGAGAAAUAUGUAACUGGCCUGGAGUCUAGUUGAUUUUUGUUUCAAUGCAAACAUUUUUUUUUUGAAAAUAAGUUUAAAAAAAAUCAACGCUUUACCUAAUUUUUUUCAUUCAACUCGUUCAGAAGUCGUCAAUUUAUGGAAAAAAAAAUAGAAAUUUCAAAAAGCUAUGGAGAAGAAUUUUGAAACUGUACAGUAGCGAGCCCUUUUACAUCAUGAUUGGAGCGUUUUUUUUGGGAAAUACAGUAACCUGGAGCGGACCUCCUGCCGUUUAGCUUUCUUCUCAUUUGGGGAGCAUACUCGGAAAAUUCGAGACAAUUUAAAACAAUGAAGGCAAUGUUUCUUUUCAAAAAAGUACGCUUCAAUCUUUUGAAAAAAAUUUAACCAUUAUGAACAGCCAAAAGGAAAUUUUUCGUAAAUUUCACGGAAACUCUUUUUUCAAAGCUUUUAUGAUGAUUCUAUAAAAAACAUUCUUUUGAGAUGCUCAAACUUUACCAAGAAAGCAUACCGUUUUUGAAGCAGAAAAUUCUGGUUUUCGAUGCUCUAAGAAGUUAUGUAGAAACUGGUGAGGUUGAAAAAUGAAAAAUGGAGCAAUAGAAAAAAAUGUUUGAUAUAUAUAAACGUUGGAGAGGAAUCGAGCCGCCCCAAUACCUGACUCACGGUGUUUGUCACCUACCCCUUUAAUCGAUCCCCAUUUUCUCGAUUUAGUCAUCAGUAUAAGAGGGUUGAAUCACCGAAAUUAUCAAGGAGAAAUUUCGAUCACAGAGCAGUUUUCUUCAAAAUUCUUUUCUUUUUCUUCUCUUCCAGAAGCAUUUUUGAAUAGUUUUGAGAGACUGUUGGUCUUCACGGCGGGCGGAUUAACAGAAGGAAGCUCGAGAAUGGCCGAAAAGAGGCUUUUUGUUGAGUGGCACUUGAAGUUAGGAAGAACUAGGAGAAACUUCUCUACCUAUCAUAGGCGUUGGGUUGAAAUUUUGGAAAAAUAUUCAAGAAAAAAGAAUCGUGUAAAAUUUACUAUAAUUAUUAGGAAAUUUUUUUCAUAGUUAUAAGAAAAAAAUAUAAAAAAAUUUUUUUUUCUUCCUGGUGCAAGGUUUGGAAUUUUUUUCAAAACUGUUGUGUUUUUUUGUGGGACUAAAAAAAUGAAAUUAAUAAAGUUUUGCUCAUUUUUUUCUCAGAAAAAGAAACACGAAGGCUCGAGAGAGAGAGAGAGCGUAUCACAGGACAGAUCUGAAUUUUGAAGCGACUGCAAUUUUUUUCCAUUUCUCAUUUUUUUUUUUGACUAAAUACAUCAAGCGUGCUCCGAAAACUCGAUAAUAUUCCAAAUCCGGCUAAUCCGUCGCCAGAAAAAAGACGCCGCGAUCCGCUGCCAGCAAACUUUGCACGAUCCUCGACCGCCUAAUACGAAGCAAUCAAAGGCGGGGGAGAAGUUGCGAGAGUUGUUGGCAAAUAAAUACCGGAAUUAGUCAGCCGAUUCCAGAGUUUUACGAGGUUCACGAUGGGUCAUCGUCGGCCUUUGUUUGCUCACAAUUGCUGGUGAUCUGUGUUUGGAUCAGCUUGGCGGAUUUUCUUGAUGCGGGAAGUUCUUUGGGGUAAUUAUUGAGUGGAAGUUGAGAGGAGACUGAGUUCAGCAGUGGUUUGAGGCUUUCCAGCUCUUUUGAGUCAGUUUUUAACUUGAAUUAAAUUUUUAAAAUGAGAAAAAUUUUCGUUUGUUUGGGGGAAAAUGAGUCACGAAGUUUUGAAGUUCUCAGUUAAUCAAGAGUUUUGUUCAACGAUCGUUCAGACUUUCUGAAACUGCUUUCUUAAGAAAAAAGAGCAGAAGCUCGAGAAUUUUCAGCUUAUCAAGAGAGAACCUGAGUUUUUUCGUAUGUUCUGUCCUCAACUUUUGCUUCCUGUCAAUCAAGAAGUCUAUGAGAUUUUAAUAUUUUUCAUGGUAAAAAGUUUCUUGCAGUAUUUAUUGAAGAAAAGGGACAAAAAAAUAAUUGGUAAUUAAUUCAAAUCGAACUUUCUGGGAAACUAGGGAGAUGUCGUUGUCCUCAACCCUUCGAAAAAAUUAAAAAAUUCGAAAAUUGAAAUGUAUGAAUAAGGACUUGAAUAGAAAAUUAAACAAGGUAAAAUAAUAGUUUUUUUCAAAAAAAUAUGUCGCCCUCUCUUUCAUUCUCUAUUCUCCUAAAACUUUCCUGGAAAAAUUUAAGACAAAAUAAUUUUUAGAAGUGAAAAUUGCGAAGACUUCCAAAUCUCAGCCUGAAUAAUAAUUUUUCAGGAGGAAAUGGAAGAUGAAGACCAGGACAAGCGAAUCAAGCGCCGACAGAGGAACAAGGAAGCGGCGGCGAGAUGUCGUCAGCGUCGGCUCGACCUCAUGACAAGCCUCCAAGAGGUGUUAUUUGAAUCCCCAGUUUUAUUUAUAACACCUUUUUCCAGCAAGUCGACCGCUACAGGUCGGACAACGAUCGCAAGACGGCCGAGAUUCGCGUCAUCCGUUCCAAGGUUUUUUAAUGAUGACCUUUCAUUGUAGCCAUGAUCAUCUACUCAAUUGACUUAUCUUGAUCAUAGAAAUUUCUGAGUUGGAAAAAAUACCUUACAACAAAAGUAGUUUCGAAAAUUUAGAAUUCCUUGAAAAGUGCGAAUUUUGCGAUGGUAUCUCGACAUCUGAAACCUAGUCUUUUAGUGGAGAUAAAAAGGUUUUCUUUAAAUCUACUAAUAGGUAAAAGUCGCACUUUUUGGAAUAAUCUUUGACCAGCAUCAUAGGUAGAUAAGUAGCGAACUCAAUUAGUCCAGGAGAAACGGUUGAAUCGAGAAUUUUUGAAAAAAGGCAUAUAGGAACUUUUAACAUCAGUGAGGUAAUGUCAAAUGAAAUCUCAACCUCAGGAGAUAUUUUAGUUUAGCAAGACUCGGUAGGCCUUCAAAUCAAUCUCUCCCUGUAUGGCAUACUGUUUAAAUGCAGCUUUUACCCGAAUCUUCAAUCUCAAAUGUGAAAUUGAUGGGAAGAAGAUCCAUGUAAAGAAGAAACAGUACUCAAUUUUAUCCUUUUUCCAGAUGGACCAAAUGGAGUCGUUCCUUCGCAACCACGACUGCAAAAUGACGACGGCCGAACGAGAAGCGGCGCUGCCCAAGUUCGGCGGCCAGUUGCCCUCGUUCUCCGCGACGUCGUCCUCGCAUCCGAAUCCGCCGCCGGCCAUCUCGACCACCUCGGCGCCCAUGCAACGACACGAGUACCAGCCGCCGCGGUUCACGCCUUCCCUGGGCAAUAUCAAGCGACCGCUCAGCUCCUCACAGCUCCCGCUUCCCGCCCGCACCGAAAAUGGCCUUCUCGAACCCGAUGCUAAGGUAAUUGAGGAGAAGGGACUAGGAAGUACUUGAAAAAGUCUUGAAAAUGCAGUCGAGUUCUUUGGAGCUUGACCUAAAAACAAAGAUAUACAGAUGGAGUUGAUGGAAAUCUCAAAAAUCUCAACUUCAAAGUCUUCAAUUUUUUCUCAAUUUUUUCUCCGUCAUCAAAUUCCAUGUAGAGUCAACUGUUUGAAUUUUGAACAUCUUCGAAGUAUUCGGCGAAAGAUUUCUUUGUUCAAAGGACAGUUCAUAGCUCCCAAAUGAAAUCCUUUGAUUACGGCUUCAUAUUUUUCUAACAAAGAAAUGUUUAACUGAAAAGAUUUCUGUUUCAAGACGCUCUCAACGUCACAGCAUUUAAAAAAAGGUUUUUUUUUCAGAUAAUCAAGCUCGAGGUGGACCCGCCCCUCAACCAGAUGAACCACACGGAAGACGUCGAGAGACCGUCGGCCCUUCCUUUGGCCAACGAAUCGGCUCCCGUCGCCCCGUUGACCACCCCUAGCCGGUUGGUAUCUAUUGAUUUUCCAAUAAAUGAAAUAUCUAAUAAAAUAAAUCCCGAUGAAGUUUCAGGAUGUACAACACGGUUCCAACCUUCAACGACAAUUUUGCAUUACCCUCGUCUCUUUUUUCUAGCGGCCCUAUGGGUUGGUUUCCGCUACAAAGUUCAAGAAAUGUGGUGGAAUUUUGGUGGGACAGCGAGAAAAAUGAAAUGUUUCGAAAAUCAAAAUCUUUAUAUGCCCUUAAGGCCGCUGUGAACAGACCGUUCUCAUGAGUAAAAAUUUCUUUUUUUGAUAUGCUUUUUUCCGCCACAUGACUUGUUCAUUGUGUUUGUGUGUUUGUGAUGUGAAGGAGUUUUUCAACCAUAGAUCAGAUUGUCCAUUUCAGAUGUUUCAGGGGACUUUUUGGCUCAGAACACAGGCCUGACUCCCUCGGGACAGCCGCAAAUGAGCUUCGUGAACACGCCGACGCCGAUGCACACUGCAGACGCGGACCUCAGGCCUCUUUGA